AUGGAGGCUGAUGAGGAGCAGCAGAGGCUCCAGUUUCAGACCCUGCAGGAACAGGAGCAGCAGCGCCUUCAUAAGCAGCUGAAGAAAAAGAAUCAUAUCUCUUUGGAGAAGGAAGAGGACAAGAUGAGCUCGAAUGGGCAGGACAUUCUGAACCUGCCUGAGGACAAGGGGGACAAGGAGGACUUGGUGCUGGAGCACUCUAACUCCAGCUCCAGACUGCUAAAGAAGGAGAAUGAUCAGCUCCAAGACCAAGGGUUUAGAGAGCUUCGGGAUGAGAACGAAAAACUCUAUAAACUCCUGAGCGACAAGGAGUCUGAGAUCAAGUACCUGAAGAAGAAGAUGGAGGAGGAGAACAAGCUGGCUUUAGUGGGCACAGUACGAAUGGCAACAGAUGUAGCAGCAGCCAAGAUCGUAGAGCUUUCAAAGAUGAACCGGGAACUCUUAGUGGGGAUGGAGAGAGAGAAAGCCAAGAGCAAACAGAUGAACAAUAGAGUGAGAGAGCUGGAAAGAGAGCUGCAAGAUACAGCAGAAUUCAGUAAUAGAGUGAAAGAAGACCACAAACUGGACCUGAGGAGCUCACAGCAAGAGUCCACUCCGCUGAUGAAGUCUCUACAAGAGAAACUGAACAUAGCCCAGUUUAAAAUGAGUGAAUACCGUAACCAGAUUCAGGCUGUCAAACAGGAGCUGAAGGUCGCACACAAGGUUCUGAGCAGUGAGGUCGGGGAGCAUGUAUGUGUUCAGCAGAUCCUCAGUUCUCCAGGAAGCUGGAAAGGAAGAGCACAGCAGAUCCUGGUCCUGCAGGCCCGCGUGAGAGAUCUAGAACAGCAGCUGAGCUCACUGUCCAACAGGAAGCAGACAGGAGAGUUCAGCCCGGAGCAGUGCAUGCUGGGAAAAGGAGUCCAUCAGAGGAACCAGGACAAGAACCAGAGCUACAUCCACAACUUGGAACGAGACAGGAAGGAGGCACUGGAGAAGCAGAUUAUGGAGUAUGAGCUCAUACUGAGUGAAAACGGUGAGCUGAAGAAGAAGCUGGACAGCAGCAAAGCGAGGAUCCACAUCCUUAGUGCUGAGCUCCAAGCCCUCAAAACUCAACUGUCCAUGGUGACUGAGAAGGGUCAGCAUGACAGUGAGCUCAUCGACGGACUGCUGAAGCAGCAGGCUGAGCUACAGGCUAUGAUGAUUCAUCUGGGUCAGACAGAGGGGCAGAGCACAUACAGAGCACAUACAGUACAGAAGCACAAAUCACAAGAGGCUCAGAGACACAUUGACCUGAUCACACAGCUCAAACUGUUGGUGAAGGAGAAAGAGGAGCAAGUUCAGAAGCUCAAGCGAGAGAUCCAACGGCUCACACUCCUCAAACAGGAGGCUACUGACACAGAGAUGAAGAUUAGCCAUGCCCACCUGAUGGUCAUAGAGGAAGGAGACAGAAGGUCCAGCUCUGCCAGGUCAGUCUCAAACCUGGGACCUGAACUUGCUGACUCAGGUCUGACACUGUCUCCUGGAAACAUCACUGAUCUCAGAGAGCAGUCGGAGGCACUGUGCUCUGAGUGUGCUGCUCUGCAGGUUCAGUGUUUAGAGUUUAAAGCUCUGUGUCAGGCAGCUAACGUGGAGAGAGAUCAUUUGCUGGAGCUCACCAAAGUUCAGCAGAGGAGGGAAGUGGAGGCCAUUCAGAAGUGCGCAGACGCUGAGCAGAGGCUUCAGGAUGAGCAUCGCCACUGUGUGGUUCUGGAGCAGCAGCUGGAGAGACUGACGCUAGACUCUGAAAAUGAACAAAGAGUCAAUUGUAGCAGGACAGGUAGCCUAAAUGUAUCUAAGAAACAGGACGGUAUUUCACCCAGAAGAGCUGCAGAGUUGAUGCAUGACACUGAGAUCAGUGAACUCAGUACACAACUUGCUAUCCUGCAGGAGGAGUUGGAGGCUCUGAGGUUAUCUCUGAAACGAGUCUUGCAGGCUAAAGAGGAGGACCUGCAGCUCUACACCAUCAUGAUCCGUCACAUCAAGCAAGUCUUCCUUCAGGCUCUGCAGCAGUACAAACGGAGCUCAAAACAGGAAAUGUAGCACAGGAGUCUUCCUAUCCAUCAGAGCUGGACUCCCACAAACUUCAAAUUUGAGCAGUCUGUAUGAGAUUUUAAUUUCCAUGGCCAGGAUUUUAGUAUUUAGGCUCUAGAUCUUGGCAACCUGCCCCAGAUUUUUGUUUCCAUUCCCAGGAUUUUAACAUCUACUGUAGGCUCCAAAUCUUGGAUAUCUGUCCCAGAUUUUAGCAUAGAGGGUCUAGAUUGUAGCCCUAAAUCUUUGGCCACUAGAUUUUAGCCCACAUGCCAAAAAUCUAACCUUCUUGGUCUCAGAUCUGAAGCCUUCAAGUCCCAGACGCUAGUUGCAAUGGCCCAAUUUCCAAUUCCUAGAAUCCAAGAUCUAAAACUUAGUCCCAAAACCUGAGAUAGAUAGAUAGAUAGAUAGAUAGAUAGAUAGAUAGAUAGAUAGAUAGAUAGAUAGAUAGAUAGAUAGAUAGAUA